UGAAAAUGCUUAAAUUUAUAUAAAAAUUUAAAUUAAAUUUUAAAAAUUUAACAUUUAUCCAUAACCAAGCGUUUCACAAAUCAUCUUUUUAGAACAAAUAGAUUGAAAUUUUCAUUGAUGGAUAAUCCGCUAAAGUUGAUGAUUCAUACACAAUAUUCUAAGCUUGUUAUGAAAACGGAGUAAUAAUUCCCCGUUUUUGUUAUCAUGAAAGGCUUGCUGUUGCUGGAAACUGUAGAAUGUGUUUAGUAGAAAUCGAAAACGUACCAAAACCUGUAGCAGCUUGUGCUUCAUAAGUCGUUCCAGGAAUGAAGGUAAAGACCUCAAGUGAAAAGACUAGAAUCCAUAGAGGAAAUGUAAUGGAAUUUUUAUUAGCAAACCAUCCUUUAGAUUGUCCUAUAUGUGAUUAAGGAGGAGAAUGUGACUUAUAAGAUAUUUCUGUAGUAUAUGGAUAUUAAUAAGGACGUUAUAGAGAGUAUAAAAGAUCUGUCGAAGAUAAAAACUAUGGUCCUUUAGUUGCUACAUCUAUGAAUAGAUGUAUACAUUGUACUCGUUGUAUUAGAUUUGCUACAUAAAUAUGUGGUGUAGAUGAUUUAGGAAAAACUGGAAGAGGUAAAUUUUCUGAAAUAGGUACUUAUGUAGAAAAAACUUUCAAUACAGAACUUUCUGGAAAUGUAGUUGAUAUAUGCCCUGUAGGUGCAUUAACUAAUGCUCCUUAUGCAUUUACUUCUAGACCUUGGGAAUUAAAAGGAUAUUAUACAACAGAUGUAAUGGAUACCAUAGGAAGUGCUAUAUAAGUAGAUACUAGAGGCCCUGAAAUAAUGAGAAUAUUACCGAGAAUACACGAAGAAAUUAAUGAUGAAUGGAUUUCCGAUAAAACAAGACAUGCAUUUGAUGGAUUAAAAAAAUAAAGACUAAGAAGCCCUAUGUAAAGAAGUUAAGAAGGGACUUAUACUGAAAUGUUAUGGGAAGAUGCAAUGAGGAUUAUUGCAGAGAAAUUAUAGGGGGUUAGUGGAUAAGAAAUUGGUGCUAUUAUUGGAGAAUUUUCUGAUAUAGAAACUAUUACUGCUUUAAAAGAUUUCUUAAAUAGACUAGAUUGUGAAAAUUUUGAGAUUAGAGGACAUGAUAAUUUAAAAUUAAGUGCAGAUUUUAGAGCCAAUUAUUUGUUUAAUAGUCGCAUUUUAGGUAUUGAAGAAUGCGAUUUAUUACUCUUAAUAGGAACAAACCCUCGUUAUGAAAGUCCUGUUUUAAACUCUCGUAUAUUAAAAUAGACUAAGAAUAAUUUAAAGGUAUUUAAUAUUGGAACAUCUCAAGAUUUAAUGUAUAAAACAAUACAUUUAGGCAAUUCUACUAAAGUUUUAAAUGAAAUUUUGGAAGGAAAGCAUCCUUUUUGUGAAAGGCUUAAAAAGGCGAAAUUGCCAAUGAUUUUAUGCGGUGCAAAUUUAUUUGAAAGGGAAGAUGGCAAAGAAAUAAUGGAAAAUUUGAAGGUUAUAGCUAAUAAUUAUGGUGUAAUUUCUGAAGAAAAUAAAUGGAACGGCUUCAAUAUUUUACAUAAGGAAUGUGGAAAAAUCAAUGCCUUAGAAUUGGGAAUAUCAACCUCUGAAAUCUCACCAAAAAAACCAAAAGUUGUCUUCUUACUAGGAGCUGAUAAUAAUAUAAAAAUAGAAGAUAUCCCUGAAGAUUCUUUUGUAGUUUAUUUAGGUACUCAUGGGGAUGAAGGGGCUUAUUUUGCAGAUAUAAUACUUCCAACAGCAACAUAUACAGAGAAAAAUGCAACUUGGGUAAAUACUGAGGGUAGAGUUUAAUAAGGAAGACUAGUAGUAAUGAGCCCAGGAGAUGCAAGGGAAGAUUGGAUGGUUAUUAGAGCUCUUUCAGAAGAAUGUGGAGUACCUUUACCAUAUGAUACUUUAGAAGAAUUAAGAUAUAGAGUUGCAGAAUUAGCUCCACAUUUAUUAAAAUAUGAUUUUAUAGAACCUACUUCUUUUGGUAAAUUAGCACUUUAACCAUAAAAGGGAUAAAAUGCAUAGACUUUAAAUGUUAAUCCUAUUACUGAUUAUAUUGAUAAUUUCUAUAUGACUGAUGCUAUUUCUAGAGCUUCUGUUACAAUGGCUAAAUGCUCUACAGCUUUUAAUCAUGAGAAAUUUGAUAAUUUUAAAAAUUUAAGCAAAUAAUGAAUUUUUAUUUUUUUUAUAUUUUUUUUAAAUUUUUUUUAUUUUUUUUAUUAAAUGAAAAUACAAUAAAAAAAAUAAUAGUAAUAUUUUUAAAUUAUUUCUAUU